AUGGGGCUGUCCAGGCCAGGGCUGUGGCUGAAGAGGCUCUGGGUCUUCUUGCAGGUGGCCAUGCACGUGGCCGUGGGCAAAGUGUUCCUGAUACUGUUUCCCGAGAGAGUCAAGCAACAAGUCUUGGCCAUGAACCAGAAGAAUCCCCACUUUUCCUAUGACAACUGGCUCCCGACCUUCUACGGCAUGCAGUAUUUCUGGUUUGUCCUGAAGGUCCGAUGGCAGCGACUAGAGGACAGGACUGAGCCCGGGGGUCUGGCCCCCAACUGCCCUGUGGUCCAGCUCUCAGGACAGAGGUGCAACAUUUGGGACUUCAUGCAAGGCAACAGGCCAUUGGUGCUGAAUUUUGGAAGUUGUACCUGACCUUCAUUUCUUUUCAAAUUUGACCAAUUCAAGAGACUUGUUGAAGACUUUUGCUCCACAGCAGACUUCCUCAUCAUUUACAUCGAGGAAGCACACGCAUCAGGACAGGCAGCAGGAGCGCAGACGCAAGCACACACAGUGUAUCCCUGGGGCAGACGGCCCUUCGGGAGAGCAGCCGCCAUGAGUUUCAGAAAGAGGAUUGGGUACCUUCAGGUGUCUGUGGUCAUCAUGGCUGAGAAGAGACGAUGCCUUGAGGUCGUCACAGAUGGCUGGGCUUUUAAGAACAAUGUGAACAUCAGGACUCACCGGAAUCUCCAGGAUCGCCUGCAGGCCGCCCGCUUGCUGCUGGACAGGACCCCCCGGUGCCCCGUGGUGGUGGACACAAUGGAGAACGAAAGCAACUGGCGCUACGCAGCGCUGCCCGAGAGGCUCUACGUGCUCCGGGAGGGCAGGAUCCUCUACAAGGGUAAAUCUGGCCCUUGGAACUACCACCCAGAGGAAGUCCGUGCUGUUCUGGAGAAGCUCCACAGUUAGUCUGGAAAGAUCCCCCAGUUCUAGGUGAUCAACAGGAGGGCUCCUCAAGUCUUGGCUCGCCUCCCAGCCCAGGUGGCUUUUACCUCUGGACUCCUGUCCCCUGCCGAACCACUAGCUCAGAUUGGUCUGGUCCUACCAAACAAUUGUAAUCAGAAAACAAAGCAGCAAGUAAGCUGAAUGUUAAAGACCAUACAACUCGAUUCUGCCCCCACGGUGGAGACCACAUUCGUCGCACGACAUCGCCACGUGAGAGAGGCCCCACUCCAUGCUGAGGUGUGCUCUCUCUCUCCAGCCACUCUGGUACCAAGUGGUCAGGUACGGCAGUCCUUAUGUUAGGCAAAUUCAUUUUCCCCAAUUGGCCAUUUAUGGACUUGAUCACCUAAGACACUAAACUGACUUUUAGAACCAAGCAUGGGGAGAACGCCAGUUGUUCAGAGAAAGAGAUGAGGAAUUGAAAGCUGUUGCUCAUUUAUGCAGAAGCUUGCAUUCAAAAUUGUUUCUCUGAUUUCUUUGCAAGUCUCCUAAUGGUCAUUUGUGUUAGAUUACAUCAGACUAAUGGAUAACCAUUGGCAUUCAUCUGUUUUAACUCUGCUUCUUUUCAUAUUUGUCUAUGACGGCCACAGCCUAAAGUACACACAGCUGUGACUUGAUUUGAAAGAAAAUGUUUUAAGAUGCAGCAAGCUAAUACAGAAUGAUCAAACUA